AUGUCCAGAACGCCGCACCGUAGCUCGAGCAGAACGUACCGCUGGGUCGAAGACCAGCAACAUGUCUCAGGCGCGCGCCCCGAGACCGCGCCGCCGAGCAGCAUGCGCGCGAACCCGUAUCUCGCGUACCCGCACCUGAGCGCGACGUCGCUCGUCAAGGACAACAAGGGCACGAUCCGCACCGUCGAGAGCUACGUCUUCGUCGACGACGACGCCCCGCACGCGCCCCGCGGCAGAGACGCGGGCGCCACGACGCAGCCCGCCUCGCGCGCGGAGACGCCGUCCGCGCCGUCCACGCCCCGCAAAUCCUUCCGCUCCUCCCAGGGCCUCUUCCAUUCCGCCUCGCCCCUUCGCAGUCUCCAUCUCACUUUCUCCGCCCGCCGUCCGUCCGCCCCUGCCCCUGCCGCGACGUCGAGCGUGGAACGGUCCCUGAGCCCCGCCUCCUCGACGUCGACGUUCCGGCGCACGGCUGCCACCGCGGCCGCGGCGCACAGCAGGGGCUCGAGCCUGUCCACCGUGAACGCGAUGCACCAGCGGAGCGCGCGCGCUGCGAGCCCGGAGCUGUCUGCGAGCCCGCCGAAGACGACGGCAUGGAAGUUCAAGCGCCCCUCCGUCGCGGGCCAUUUCUCGCCUGCGCCCGAGGACGAGCAAGAGGGCAGCCCGCCCCCGCGCCCGAGCACCUCCUCGAGCUUCACUCACUCGGGCUCCUCGACGGUGUACACCCGCACCUCGUCCGAUGCCCCGCGCAAGAUGCACUUCGGCUCCAUCCGCUCGCACUCGUCGACUACCAUCUUCAGCGCGUCGCCCUCGCUGUGGUCGCUGCCGACCGACGCGUCGCACAUCAACGACCCGCCCGAGAGCGAGAAGGUUAUCGCGCGCGAUAGGCUGCAGUCGAGCUCCGAGGGCGCCUCGGUCGCGUGGAAACCGUCGUCGACGGCUGUUCCGCACCUCGGGAACGUCACGAACAUCCUGACGAGCCCCCGGUCGCGGAAGAAGCGCAAGCUGAUUAUCAGCGGAAUACCGCCCGACGACGAGCGCCGUUUCGAGGGCGUUAGGAAAUGGUGCGAGUCGUUCGGAGAGCUCAAUUCGAUAACCCGCGCGCCCAACGGCGAUCUUCACAUCGACUUCCGUAAAGUGGAAGUCGCCGAUACUGUCUGUCGCCUCAACGCGCGAGUCUACAUUGCCGGAGUUGGCAGCGUCUGCCUGUCCUGGUUCACCGGCAAACGUCCCUGA